CAGGGAGCCAACAUGGGAAUAAAAGAAAUGUUCAACUUGGCACGGGUGCCCUCCAUCCUCAUGCUCGGGGUGAUUUAUGUGGCAUAUGUGCUGAUCGGCGGGGUGGUUUUCUGGAAGUUGGAGGGAGAUCUGGGACAGAAGGACAUAAGUCUUUUACUGUUGAACAAAGAGAAGCUGCUCACGACGUACACCUGUCUGAACCAAGAAGGCCUGGAAGCAGUGGCUCAGGUUGUUCGUGAUACGUCCAAGGUGGGCCUAAGUUUGAAAGGCAACCAUACCACAGAUGGCUUCUGGAAAUUCACCAGCUCAGCUGUGUUUGCUGCCACUGUGGUCACAACUAUAGGUUAUGGGAACAUGAGUCCCAGCUCUACUGCUGGCCAGAUCUUCUGCGUGUUCUUCGCACUAUUUGGUAUCCCGCUCAACAUGGUGGUGCUCAACAGGGUGGGCAAGUACAUGCUCGUUAUAGAGAGGAACAUCUCCGACUUCCUCGAGGGGAAGACCGGCCGAAGGAGGUGUACCCGCUUUUUUGUCCACCUGGUGUCUUACCUGUCUGGAGCGGCUCUCUUCUUUGUUGUGCCCAUGAUUCUGUUCCAACAGCAUGAGGGCUGGACCUACUCCCAGGCCAUCUACUACUGCUUCAUCACCCUCAGCACCAUCGGCUUUGGAGACUUCGUGGCAGACAGUAAUCCAGACAAAAAAUACCCAGAGUGGUACAGCAUCCUCAUGACCUCCUGGAUCUUCUUCGGCCUGGCCUGGCUGGCCCUGCUCAUCAACCACUCCAUUGACAUCCUGGAGCGGCUCAACACCCACUUCAAACUGCAGUGGGGUGCGCAGAAGCAGGAGGAAGAGUCUGCCAGUGCAGAGAGUGUCAACCCAGACACACAGGUGGAGGAGGAAGAUGAGAUCAAGAAGCCUCCAAUAGCUCAGUAAUCUACAAAACAAGGUGACCUAGUUGUAGAUCUGUCUCUAGAGCAGGAAGUGGGAAACAGGCCUAAGUUAUGGAAUAUGUCUAAGCCAUGGCAGGAUGUGUGUGUGUGUGUGUGUGUUCUAAGACUGUAAAUGUUGAGCGUCUGUGAUGAUUUAAUAUGCGAUCGAGCAAUGGUUUGUCAGUUUUGAUCCCUGCCACUAACAUAUCGACUCAUUUUUGUUGAGUCAGGUUUCUUUGUUUGACGGCAUGCGACAGCCACAUGCUGCUUAGUGUGCCAGCACUUUGUUUCCCAAACUGUAAACAAAUGACCCCCCUUUCCCUCAGUCUACCUGGUUUUAAAAAAAAAAAAAAGUCCUUUGAGAUUAAAGUCGAUCUGUCUCUGGGUUAGUGGUCAGAGGGAAGCUGCAGUCAGCCUGUCUGUUGCUCUGUGGCCUCUCAGUGUGCUGCUCACCUCGCCGACCACAAACCAAGUCAUUUGCUAACUCUUUGUCAUUUUGCAAUGAGCUGUCUGAGGGACAGAGUGGAACUAUGCUCCAGGUAUUUUUGAAUGAGUGGUGAGGUCUACAGUCAAAACCACCAAUUAAAAAAAUAGCUGUAAAUAAUGUGAUUUGUUUUGCAUAGUAUAAGUACUUCAGUGACACGUUCUAUUGCCACCAUUUAAAAAAGUCUCUCUGGUUUACCAUGACUUGUUGAAAAUGUACACUCAAAAACAGAGAGAUUUAUUGUCAACAUAUUUGAUAUUUGGUAUUUCUAAGAUUUUUAAUUUUUAAUUUUUAUUUUUUUAUUUCUAUGAUUUUGAAUAACUGUAAGGGGGCUUAUUUAUAACACCAGUUGUUGACCACGCUUUAAACACACUAUUAAAAUGCUAACAACUAAUAUCUAAAGUCAACAAAUACCGGAAGCUUUUACUUUGAAUAAACUGAAAAAAAAAAAAACAUUCACAUAAAGUGGCAAGAUCAGAAACCAGAGCAAUCCAUGUAAUUAGAUUACAGUACAUUUUUCCCAGUUUGCUUUUUAUUGUAUGUAAUUAACAACUAUUAAAACAGUUCAAAUCUUCAGUGUCUCCAGUAUAUUCAUACUAAGAGUGUUAUACUAAGAUAGCAUUUAGUUCAUUUGUACCACUCAUCUGUGCUGAAAUUCGCUUUGUAUCCACUAGGAGGUGUUACUAUACCAACACUGGAGAAAUGAACCAUUCAAACCAGAGGCAAAGCAGCAAAUACACACUGUAUAUUGAACCGUGUCGUAAUCGUAUAAACUAACCAUAUUGAUCACAUCAUCACAGUCAAUACAUUCCUACACUUCAGAGAAGAAUAUUAUAUCCCAGUCAAAAGGAUAUAUAAACAAACACAUUGUAUAAAGAAAUUUCCAUCAA